CACAUCUACGAUYCAAGGGUCGUUUUUUUGCUGGUGAUGCCCGUUCACGAAAAAAAUGGGCGAUGCGGACGAUCAAUAGAAGAUAAAUAUCUCACCGUGCUAAAGAAUCYUUGYACCUCAUUGCAUUUGUGAACAUCCAACGAAUGCAGCGUCCCUGUGACAAAACCACACUCCAUGAAAGGUUCGAUCUGCUACCAGUUUAUGGAUCGAUCUACGGUAUAUGACAUCCAUUCUCUCCGAUUGGCUUGAUCAUCACCAUGUCGACAGCAGUAUCUUUUAACAACGAAAGUCUUGGUGAUGACACCGAUGRCAGCACUGCGUCUUCGGGCAUCUCAUUUCAUUCCAAGGCKGCAAUCAAACAUUUUUGCGACGUAGACGUAGAAGACAGCGGGUCUGUAACAUCAUCCAGCGCCGAAAGAAAUUUCAGGCUCGUUGACGGAUCAAAAAAUCUUCGUUUGAGAGAACUCAUGGGGAAGCAAGUUCGGGAUCUUGAACAGCAGCGGUCGAAGCGACAACGGGACCUGCCGGACGGCGGAGGCGACGGAAGCGGGAAUCCUGACGCAGGUCCGAAGCGUACCGUCGUGGGGAUUGGUAUUGGCUGGGGCGAGGUGAGAAGGAAAAACAAAACUCACAAAGGCAAGAAGCCMAGGAAAGGCGAUGCCUUGUCACUCGCACUGUCACCAGGGUCGGCAGAAUUCGGAAAGGCUUCCUCCGGGGAUCUCUCUACCACUGCCAUGMCCUCGCGUGUCCCGGAACGAGCCUCUCGAGUCGUCGGGUUCUCCAAAGAACGUUUCGAGCGGUYCCAGCGGCCGGCAGUCGAGGACGCACUCGCGGCACCAAAAUCGGACUCCUCCGGUGGUUCGUUGGAUCCCUGCGAGGAACUAGAGAAGAAGUGCCUCGAGCUGGAGGCGACGGGCCGGGAGCUUUCCGAGCGCAUCGACGAGACGGUGCUGAGAGCCCUCGCAAAGAAGCACCUUGCGGAGCAGCUCGAAGGCCACGCGGUGUUCCUGCGGCAGAGGCUUUCGGUCCGGAAGGAGACGACGCAGCCGGAGCACCGGGAAUCCGAUGGUGGCACRGAUCCGUACCGCAGGAAGCUCCGCAAGUUGCUCGCCAAUGCCGGCUCCACGUGGGCCUUUUUGCGGAAGCACCACGGCCCCCUGCGAGCGGAACUCGAACGCGUGCGGUCCCGCAACAAGGGACUGGCGGUCCGGCGGCAMCGACGCCAAAACGCCACGGCCGAACUUCCGGGCACUCCGGGCCACCAGCGCCCGGUUCAGAACGCGCAACCCUCGUGACCGCGGUCCUCCGCCACCGGUGCCCCCGCCGUGGGAUUGGCUCGUGCCGCCGAACGUUUUGCCGGCUGGAAAGGAAACACGACUGGUUCGGCGUAGGCUUCCGGAGCGACGUGCUCCGGCCACACCAAACGAUAGCAUGGUUGUCGCGGGCAUUGUGUCUGGGCCCAAAAGAACCAUUGAUCACGGAAACAAUAGAACACACUACUAGGUUAUUAUAAAACAAGGAUCACACU